UCAAGGAGUCAAGCUCUGAAAAAGUUCAAGUCCUUGACCCGUUUAUUAGGUUUCCUUUCAAAAACUUGUCCAACAAGUUACCCAAGUCCUUGGUUUGCUGGUUAUCGGGUCAAGGAAUUGACCAAAGUUUUUCGGACUUGUGUUAGUUGAUGUUGAGAAAGGUAAAGAGUUAAUUGGAAUUCACUGUCCUUUUUUCAAGAAAGUGGUUGUUUCUUCAUCUCUUGACGAUAUUAAAGAUGGGUUUACGGUUAUGGGGAUUUAUACUGGCGGGAAACUGGGGGUGUGGAGGAAGGGAGAUGAGGAGUGGACUACGAUUAAUUUUGGUUCUGAUAGGAUUUUCUUCGAAGAUGUAGUUUAUCAUAAUGAUAAAUUUUACGCUUUGACGUCCAUGGGUCAUGCUAUAACCGUGGAUUUGAAGUCUCUGAAAGUUAGUGAAGUUUCUGGUCCAAUGGGUAAUGGGAAUUAUAAGUACUUGGUGCCGUCUUGUAAGGAACUGUUUUUUAUUGAUAAACCCUUUUUUGAGGACUUCAUCCAGUGUGGCUUUGAGGACGAUUCUGAUGAAAGGUCUUAUCCAGUUAGUUUGAAUGUGUUUAAGCUCGACGAGGAGAACCAUGUGUGGUUUCCGGUGAUGAAUGACUUGGAGGACAGAGUGUUGUUCUGUAGUUCGGAUUGUUCGUUCUCUAUUUCAGCUAAAGAGUUUGCAGGGUGUAAAAAGAAUUGUGUUUAUUUUACUGACGAUUCCUUUGAUAAAGGUCGUGAUGAUCACCCUGGAUGGGAUGCUGGGAUAUACGACUUGGAGGAUGAUACUGUUGGGGCACUCUCAGAUUUCCCUGAAUAUUCUAAGAUAUUUUGGCCACCUCCCGUGUGGCUUAAGCCGACUAAGUAAUUAGUUAGUUUCUUAAAGGCUGUUUUGCAUCAAUGUGAAGACUUAAAAAGCCUGAAUAGAUUUGACUCAGUCUUUGGUACCACUUGUGGUUCUUAGUUUUUGUUUUCCCAAGUUAUAUGGUAUUUUGAGUAUAUAAUAUAGGGGAUAUGCACACUGUUUUUAGCCACCGGCCCUUGUGUUGGUUUAACCUACUAAGCAUGCAUA